UUCGAAGAGUGCAUUUGUGGGCACGCGAGUGGGUAUGCGAGAAGCGUUUGGAAUGCAAGAAUCGAAAAACAGCACGAAUUCUCGCAAAGCCGCGCCGCAGUCAUUCGUUUCGCGACCGUCGUUCAUUGAGCGUGUUGAAUGAGAAGAAAACGUGCCGUUCUCGCAGAAAACACACCAGAAGUAGCGUACGUCGGGAACGCGGACCGAGUGUGCUGCCGUCUUGUUUUCGUUUCGAUUUUUCACUCGUGCUUUGAAGGGGAAUAAAUUCCGAGUUUGUGCAAAAGACAGAAAACAUGGAGUGAAGCGUUGUGUGUUUUGAAAAAUAGUGAACUGGAAACAGAGGACGCCUAUGGAGUAACUACUGAUCGCAACAAUUAUUUAAGAGUCCAAGAACGAACGGAACAGCAGGUGGCAGAGCUGGAACGCACUAGAUCGAUGCGCACCGCAACAACUGCUUUCUUUCCGAAGGCAGCAGUAUUGGUGGUAGUGCAUUUGCAACGGAUCCCCGCAAUCAACCGAACCGACACUCCAGAGUAACGCAUUUCUUGAGAAAAACAAAAUGGUACUGAAACAGAGAACCACCGCGCUGGAGCUGCAUUCCCCCACGGAGGAUGUGCUGGUCAGUCCCGGCAUCGAAAGUUUACCUCCGAUCGAGAACGGGAUGACUUCCGGCGCGGCUGAUGACGGCGAUGGCGGCGGUGGUGAUGGAUCGCGCGUUAAGAUGAAGAAAGAACUCGGACUGCUGGAGGGUGUAGCCAUUAUUCUGGGCAUCAUAUUCGGAUCGGGAAUUUUCAUCUCACCAAAAGGUGUGCUCCAGGAGGUGGGAUCGGUUGGUACCUCGCUGGUGAUUUGGGUGCUCUGUGGGCUGCUGUCGAUGAUCGGAGCGCUCUGCUAUGCCGAGCUCGGGACGGCGAUACCGAAAUCCGGAGGGGACUAUGCGUACAUCUACGAGGCGUACGGGCCACUGCCCGCGUUUCUCUAUCUGUGGGAUGCGACGGUGAUUUUCGUACCCAGCACAAACGCCAUCAUGGGACUAACGUUCGCUAGUUACGUUUUCCAGCCUCUCUUCGCAGCAGGUUGCUCCGUUCCCACAUUGGGGCUACAGAUUUUUGCGGCCGUCACAAUCUGUAUACUGACCUACAUCAACGCUUACGACGUCCGGGUGACGACUAAGAUGCAGAAUGUGUUCAUGUUCACCAAAAUCGGCGCUCUGGUACUGGUUAUCAUAGUCGGUGUGGUGUGGAUGGCAUUUGGCGGUACGGAAAAUUUCGAAAACUCUUUCGACAACACGGAAACCGAUCCCGGAAAGCUGGCGGUGGCUUUCUACUCUGGAAUUUUCUCCUACGCUGGAUGGAACUAUCUUAAUUUCAUGACGGAGGAAUUGCGGAAUCCGUACAAAAAUCUCCCGCGUGCCAUCUACAUUUCGUUACCGCUGGUUACCGCCAUUUACGUGCUGGCAAACAUGGCUUAUGUUGCGGUCCUGUCGCCGCAGCAAAUUCUCGCUUCGGACGCAAUUGCAGUGACAUUUGCACAGAAAGCGAUGGGGUGGGGAGCAUUCGUGAUGCCCAUCCUGGUCGCCAUCUCCGCCUUCGGAGGUCUUUCCGUGCACAUCAUGACCUCAUCCAGAAUGUGUUUCGUAGGAGCCCGGAAUGGACACAUGCCCGAGAUCCUCUCCCAUAUCAAUGUAAACCGGUUCACUCCUAUGCCGUCGCUAGUUUUCCUGUGCAUCCUCUCGCUGCUGUAUCUGUUCAUCAGCGAUGUGUACGUGCUCAUCACCUACAGCAGCAUCGUGGAAUCCUUUUUCAUCAUGCUGUCGGUGAGCGCGGUGCUGUACUUCCGGUACACCCGACCCGACAUCAAUCGACCGAUCCGGGUGCAGCUUUGGGUGCCCACGUUGUUCGUGUUGAUAUGCGCCUUCCUGAUUAUCGUCCCCUGCUACGUGGCACCGUAUGAGGUCGGAAUGGGUGUGCUACUGACGGUGGCCGGUAUCCCGGUGUAUUACAUCGGCGUCGUGUGGAAGAACAAACCCAAAUGGUUCGAGAGUGCGCUCGCGGGGACGACCCAGUUUUGCCAGAAGAUGUUUAUGACCGCCAAGGAGGAGGCAGAUGGGGAUGUGGAGUGAGUGGAAGUGUCCUUGAGGCGUAAGUAAGGGCUAUUAUCACGAUGUACAUAAGUAACGAAUCGAAAAUUGUAGGGAGAAUCUCGUAGAGGUCUAUUCUUUUUUUGUUUUACAAUCAAUGAUCAUUAUACAAUAGGAUACGUAAUAGGGUACAAAGGAAUAAGUUUGAUUUUAAUUUUCGACGAAAAGACACCAAAAAAUUGCAGUGCCAAAAUGUUUGUUUCAUUUUACUCUUUACAUCACCUAGGUUAGGUUUAUUAUUAGGAACACCUAUAAGGGAUCAAUUGAAACCCCCGCGAUCAUGAAUUUCGAGUACUUAUUACACACACAAUGAGUGGACAAACAUCUUUUUUGAAUCGGAAUAUUAUAUGCUGUUCGUAUUUUACUCUAACCCAGUGUUUAUACGUAAAAAAUAAGCCUAGUCGGAAUAUAUAUUUAUAAUUUGUCAACUGAAUUGCAAACCCCCCCCCCCCCCUUCAAUCUGAUUCUAACUGAGAUCUGUUUCACAGCGAAAAGUAGAUCGCUUUCAAGAGCCUUUCUAUUAGUUUAUUUCUCUUUCGUUUUUAAGAUUUUGUUGUGUAUUUUUUCCGUAUCCGUAAGAAAUUCUAGGUUAGGUACGAAAAUAUGAAUCCUCAGCAAAACAAAGCAUUUGAAAAGUAGGCUAUGGUUUUUCGGAAGUGAAGUGUCACGCGUAAUCAUCGAUAAUCGUAAUCAUUUCGAAAAAAGGUAUAACUUUCCUGACUUUACAAGCGAAACACAAUUGACGGUUAGGGAUGGUUAUGAUUAGGAUGGCAAAAAACUGAAAAUAUCUAUAAGUGAAGUAGAGUAACGAGAGCGGCGUAACAAUAAUGAAACUCAAUAAAAGGUUACAGCUAAAGGCCGCUAAAAUAUACUUAGUUUGCGAA